UCGUAAACUUUUGCAACAAAAUAAUUGAAACAAUAAUUAGAGAAAUGUUACCGAUUUGUGGCCACAAUUGCCACCCGUUUACUGAUUGGACAAUCAUUUGGUAAUCGACAAUGACUUUUGUUGACGUCUCGGAAAUUGAGUUUACGGCCAGAAAGUCGUGUUUUAUAUCGAUUCCCAAGACUUGGAACUUAAGACCAAAUGAGAAGAUAUCAGUCUUUCGGAUCAAAUCAUUGAAAUGUGAAGAUGAGGUUAAAGAAGAAGUGUUGAUGAGUUGGUGCGGAGACACCACUAACGGCAAUACCAUUCAUAUAAGUGGAGUAUUUGCUAACAAAUUGGGUUUCAGUCAUAAACAACAAGUUUUGGUCACUUAUGUGCCGAUUCUGGAUCUAAUUGGACAGACAAAUGCCAGGAAAUGCUAUUUGAAACCAAUCACUGAAAACGAUUGGGAAAUACUAUCUAUGAAUUCAACAUUUAUUGAAACCAAUUUAUUGAAUCAGAUCCGAGUCCUUACUUUAGGUCAAGUGUUUCCCGUUUGGAUCACCAGUCAGUCCAAUGUCUGCCUAUUUGUUGAGUGCUUUCAGUUGCUGCCAAACAAUAGCAAAGUAAUUGUUUUAAAUCAAUUGAGUGAAGUUGUGGUUUGUCCACCCAAUACAUCUCGUAAUAUGAUUGCCGACACAAACGAUAAUGCAAUUGUUGAACCAAAUGACAUGUCUUUGCAAUCAAUUUCUAAAUCUAAUGAAACAAAUUAUAAUACAAAUCAAACAAUGCUAUCAUCGAUGUUUGGAUUUGUCAAAUCAUUGGUAAUGAAUUCAUCCGAUGAAAAUGUGUCACAGAAUCCACAGUCCAUUCAGUCCAACGAUGACAAGAAUUCUGAAAAUGGAUUUCCAAUUGAAUCGCAACUAAACUUUUAUGAAGUGCUUCGUGUCAUACCAUUUGUAGACGAAACAGAUAAUAAUAAUAAAGAUAUUGUAAAUACUGUUUAUAUAUCCAGUGAUUAUUUUAUCGGUUGUGAAACUAAAUAUUUUGUGGCAAAUCUGACUCAUCUGUUAUCACCAAAUGAAAUGAUUAAAGAAAAUCAGAAGAAUAAUGAAAAGAAAGAGAUUGAUAGCAAUAAACAAUUAGCGGAUUUGACUUUUAAAGAGACAACUGUUUUGGUUUGCAGUCAUCAUCGAUGUCCUGUUUCUUCUAUUUUUGUAUGCAAUUCAUUGCGUCGACAAUUGGGUCUAUCGAUUACAUCCAGAUUACUCUUAACCACUAUAAAUGAAAAUCAUAUACCAAUCAUACAAAAGUUAACUUUAUGUCCAAUUAAUGUAAUGACUCAACUAACUGAUGAUGUAAUCAGAAGUGAUUUGAUUAGACUUCUUAACAGGACAUCAAUGAAGAUGUUGUUUCUGACUAACGGUUCUUUCAUUCAUUUAUGUGGUUAUGAUUUUUUUGUUGUUACAACUAAUACAAGUCAAACAACAGCAAUGUUUAUGGUAACACUUGCCGUCACAACAAAGCUGUCCAUUGAAUUUAGUGAACCAUUUAUGUCUAUUCAGAAACCAUUUUGUGAAGUUUGUCUACCAAUCCAACAGCUUAAAGAUAUUGACAAGAAAUUGAAAUCAAAUUUUUUAAGCAUUCAGUUUCAGAACAAACCAUUAGCUGGUUUUGAUGAUAUUUUAAAGAAAUGUUUACAUUCGUUAAUAUAUGCCUUGAAAUUGGAUGAAUUGUCUCAAUAUUUUCAGAAUAAGUCUGCUGUCAACAUGUCUUCGAUGUUAAUCUAUGGCCAGAAAGGGUGCGGCAAAAGUCAUUUAAUAUAUUCUUUAAUGGAAAGGCUCUCUAGUUUUCCAUAUUAUGUUUACUUUCAUGUCAUUGAUUGUCAUUCAUUGAAAAGUAAACGAAUCGAUUCAAUAUUGAAGAAUUGGAACAAUUGUUUAGCUGAAUGUCUUUACAGACAGCCAUCAGUGUUGGUGUUUGAAGAUAUGGAUGCAAUCGCUUCGAUGCCAUCCAAACCGGGACAAGAAAUGAGUUCUGAAGCGUUAUAUUCUGAACGAAUUGCUCUUUUAUUUGUCGAUUUCAUUGAUAAGAUAAACCGAAAAGACAUAUCAUUUGGCAAUCAAAUAGCUGUUAUCGUAACCUCAAAGUCUAACAAAACAUUGCAAACAAAUUUAGUUCAAACCCGUGGCAAACAUGUGUUUGAAGAAAUGAUUGAACUGAUGUCACCUGAUUUGAAGCAACGAUUUGAUAUAAUAACCAAUUUAUUAACCAAUAGAUUGAAUGUCUCUAAUAUUGAUUCUCAUAUUUCGGUUAAUUUGAAAGAUAUUGCCAUUAGAUGUAAAGGUUAUCAACCCCUUGACAUCAGUACAUUACUUGAACGGGCUUUACAUAACUGUUAUCUUAAGUUAGGAACUGAUGAGAGUACGAGACAAUUGAUUUUAAGUGAAGACAAUUUCAACUCAGCUUUUGAUGGAUUUUCACCAACAAGUCUUCGCGGAUUAGAUUUGGAGCUUAAAUCUAGUCGUCGUUUGUCUGAAGUGGGAGGUCUGUCUGAUGUCAAGAAGUGUUUAAUGGAAACCUUACUUUGGUCUAUCAGAUAUCCGACAUUGUUUUCCAAACUUCCAAUAAAAGCUCAGUCGUCUAUUCUAUUGUUUGGCGCCCCCGGAACUGGCAAGACAUUAGUUAUAGAAGCCAUUGCUAACGAGUGUAACAUUAAUUUCAUUGGAAUUAAAGGACCCGAACUGUUAUCAAAAUAUGUGGGCGCAAGUGAACAAUCAGUGCGUGAUUUAUUUGCCAGAGCAGACAAUGCAAAACCUUGUAUUUUAUUUUUUGAUGAGUUUGACGCAUUAGCACCGCGUAGAGGACAUGAUAGCACUGGUGUAACAGAUCGUGUUGUCAAUCAACUACUAACUCAAAUGGACGGUUUCGAAGAACUUGGAUCAGGUGUUUAUGUGUUGGCCGCAACCAGUAGACCAGAUCUUAUUGAUCCAGCAUUGUUAAGACCCGGUAGAUUUGAUAAGUGUCUUUGCUGUCCACUCCCUAACCAAAAUGAAAGGCUAGAUAUUUUAAAUGUAAUGAGUGCUAAACUAACUCUAGCUCCGGAUAUAGACCUGGAUGUGAUAGCUCAACAAACCAAUCACUAUACUGGCGCUGAUUUAUCGGCACUUCUAUAUUCAUCACAAUUAGAAGCGCUUCACGAAAGUCUUAAUGAAAAUAGCAAACAAUUUGUACACCAAAUAAAAACAAGUGCCGAAACCACUGACAGCCAAUAUCUUGAAUUUAUAGCCUCUUAUAUGCCGUCCCUAAGCUCUGGGUUAAAGCGAGACAUAGACAGUUGUGAUCGACAAAAAUUAAUUAACGAAAUAGACGUGUAUUUGCCAAAUACAAAAAUUGGUGGCAAUGUUAUAAAUAAUGAUAAUAGCGGCGAUUUACUAACACCUCAACAUACCUCAGCGCAUAAUGCAUUGACAACAACAACAAUCAAUGAUUUAAUAGCUAUUCAACAAAAACACAUUUUGACCGCACUAUCCUCAAGCAAACCAUCUAUUAGUGAAACCGAAAUUAAAAAGUAUGACAUUAUAUUUGAAACAUUUUUGUCUUCUGGUGGCCAAUCGUUUCAAACAUUCACUGAAAUGAGUCAAAAACGGGUGACUUUGGCUUAACUAAGAUUGUUUGGACACAUUUAAUCUGAUGUUUAGUUUAUUUCAGCGCUUUAUAUAGUUUGUGUGGACAGUUGUCUUUCGCACUGAAUUUUAUGACUUUUGACUGAUUUGUGUUAAAGAAUUGCAAUUCAAUUCAUAUGUAAACAAAUAUAGUCUAAAUAACAGGAAUGACAAACAAUUUGGAUAAAGGGGUUGUGUUGAGGUGACGGACCCACCUGUGGCUUAUAAUUGU